AAAUUCGUAUAAAUAUUCCGAAUCUACCAAUUCGUAUAAAUACCUCUCCGAACUCGUCUGUUACCUUGUUCAACACUCAAAACCUAUGAGUCUUUUUCCUCUUUGAGCAAUACACACAACCAAUGUAUCGUUUUCCUCUUUUUCCUCUUCUGGGCAGCAUUGUAAUGUAGUCAAGUUUCAUUCUUUUACUUUUUGGUUUCUGGGAAUUGUUUCAAACCUUCAAUCUUUUUUUUUGUUCUUCUAUGGAUUUCAAGUUUCGUGCUGUCUACAACAGUUCACAACCACCGCCGUACCCUCCUUCCUCCGUCUUUCACGAGCGGUUACUGGAAGGGGCCGGUGGUUUUCCGAUGAUGAGUGCGGAAGAGGUGGAGAAGAAGCGGAUAUGUGAGGAGAUGGCGCGGGCUCGGGCUCGCCGGCGGAAGUUGGAGGAGGAGUUGAGGAGGGAGCUGGUGUUUGAGAGAGAGAUGGGAAUCCCAGUUCAUAUGAGUUUGGAACCACCACCAAGGCCACAAACUCCUAUUAUGGACCAUGCUGAAAUCAAACAGAACACUAACCAAAAUCAACUGCAGUUAUUCUCAUCUCAGGAGCGAGUGAAUCUGCGGCUGAACCCUAAAUCGAACCUUGCAAUUGAGGAUACGGCGCAACCUCGUAUCAUAGACCCUGCUGAAAUCAAACCAACUAAUAACCAAGUAGAAGUUAUCCCGCUGGAGCGAGUGAAUCUGCGAUGGAACCCCAAAUCGAGCCUGGAUGCUAUUGAGGAUAUUCCACAACCUCGUAUAAUGAACCCUUCUGAAAUCAAACCAACUAAUAACUCAGAUCAAGUUAUCCCGCUGGAGCGAGUGAAUCAGCAGUUGAACCCCAAAUUGAACCAGGUUGCAAUUGAGGAUAUGCCACAACCUGGUAUUAUGGACCCUGCUGAAAUCAAACCGGCUAGUCUCCAAGAUGAACGUAUCAUGCGGGAGCGAGUGCAUCUGCGGUUGGAUCCGAAAUCAAACCUGGUUCCAAUUGAGGACAUGCCACAACCUCGUUUUAUGGACCCUGCUGAGAUCAACCAAUAUGAAGUUAUUCCGCCGGAGCGAGUGCAUCUGCGGUUGGAUCCGAAAUCAAACCUGGUUCCAAUUGAGGACAUGCCACAACCUCGUUUUAUGGACCCUGCUGAGAUCAACCAAGAUGAAGUUAUUCCGCCGGCUAAGCCAGAUACUGAUCUCUAUGAUGCAAAGCGAAAAGCCGAGGCACCUGCUGUUAAUGAUUCCCAAAUUUGUUUGAUUCAAAAACCCAAGAAGGAGUGGGCAUGCAUGCUAUGUAGAGUCACUGCUUCCGAUGAGAACAGUUUGAAUGUGCACCUAAAUGGUAAGAAGCACAAGGCCAAGGAAGCUGCACUGGAAGCUGAGAAGAUUAUCAAGAGCUCAUUUUCAUUACUGUCACCAACGAAGAAUGUGAAGUCGACUGAAACUAUCAACACCACAACUUCAGGGUUGAAUGCAAAAGCAGAUAUCAAGACACAUCAAGCCUUGGGAGGGGAAGACUCGACUCAGCAAAAUAACCUAGAUGAAGUUAUCGUGCAGGCUAAGCCAGACACUGAUCUUUAUGAUGCAAAGCAAAAAGCCGAGGCACCUGCUGUUAAUGAUUCCCAAAUUUUUUUGAUUCAAAAACCCAAGAAGGAGUGGGGAUGCAUGCUAUGUGGAGUCACUGCCUCCGAUGAGAACAGUUUGAAUGUGCACCUAAAUGGUAAGAAGCACAAGGCCAAGGAAGCUGCACUGGAAGCUGAGAAGAUUGUCAAGAGCACAUUUUCAUUACUGUCACCAACGAAGAAUGUGAAGUCGACUGAAACUAUCAACACCACAACUUCAGGGUUGAAUGCAAAAGCAGAUAUCAAGACACAUCAAGCCUUGGGAGGGAAAGACAUGACACAGCAAAAUAACCUAGAUGAAGUUAUCGUGCUGGCUAAGCCAGACACUGAUCUUUAUGAUGCAAAGCGAAAAGCCGAAGCACCUGCUGUUAAUGAUUCCCAAAUUUGUUUGAUUAAAAAACCCAAGAAGGAGUGGGGAUGCAUGCUAUGUGGAGUCACUGCCUUCGAUGAGAACAGUUUGAAUGUGCAUCUAAAUGGUAAGAAGCACAAGGCCAAGGAAGCUGCACUGGAAGCUGAGAAGAUUGUCAAGAGCACAUUUUCAUUACUGUCACCACCGAAGAAUUUGAAGUCGACUGAUACUAUCAUCACCACAACUUCAGGGUUGAAUGCAAAAGAAGAUAUCAAGACACAUAAAGCCUCAGGAGAGGAUGACAUGACUCAGCAAAAUAACCUAGAUGAAGUUAUCGUGCAGGUUAAGCCAGACACCGAUCUUUAUGAUGCAAAGCGAAAAGCCGAAGCACCUGCUGUUAAUGAUUCCCAAAUUUAUUUGAUUAAAAAACCCAAGAAGGAGUGGGGAUGCAUGCUAUGUGGAGUCACUGCCUUCGAUGAGAAUAGUUUGAAUGUGCACCUAAAUGGUAAGAAGCACAAGGCCAAGGAAGCUGCACUGGAAGCUGAGAAGAUUGUCAAGAGCACAUUUUCAUUACUGUCACCAACGAAGAAUUUGAAGUCGACUGAUACUAUCAUCACCACAACUUCAGGGUUGAAUGCAAAAGAAGAUAUCAAGACACAUCAAGCCUUGGGAGGGGAAGACAUGACUCAGCAAAAUAACCUAAAUGAAGUUAUCGUGCAGGCUAAGCCAGACACUGAUCUUUAUGAUGCAAAGCGAAAAGCCGAGGCUCCUGCUGUUAAUGAUUCCCAAUUUGGUUUGAUUAAAAAACCCAAGGAGUGGGGAUGCAUGCUAUGUGGAGUCACUGCCCCCGAUGAGAACAGUUUAAAUUUGCACCUAAAUGGUAAGAAGCACAAGACCAAGGAAGCUGCACUGGAAGCUGAGAAGAUUGUCAUGAGCACAUUUUCAUUACUGUCACUAACGAAGAAUUUGAAGUCGACUGAUACUAUCAUCACCACAACUUCAGGGUUGAAUGCAAAAGAAGAUAUCAAGACACAUCAAGCCUUGGGAGGGGAAGACAUGACUCAGCAAAAUGUUGAUUCAAGUGCAGCUGAAGCUAACAAAGAGGAGCAGGUAGUACAGAAAAGCCAAAACAUUGGUGUUUCUGAGAUCAAUGAAGUAACAACUGAGGAAGCUGAUAAAACAAACGCGUUCGUAGGGAGGGAGAUGAAGUUCUGGGGAUGCAAGCUAUGUGGAGUCACUGCCACCGAUGCGAGCAGUUUGAAUGCGCACCUGUUUGGUAGGAAGCACAAGGCCAGGGAAGCUGCACUGGGAGCUGAGAAGACCGUUAGGAGCACCACUUCAUCACUGUCAGCGAUGAAGAAUGUCAAGUCAACUGAAACUAUCAUUAAUACAACUUCAGGGUUGGAUGCAAAAGCCUGGGGAGGGGAAGACGAGUCUCAGAAAAAUGUUGAUUCAAGUGCAGUGGAUGCUAACAAAGAGGAGCAGGUAGUUCAGAAAAGCCAAAACAUUGGUGUUUCUGAGAUCAAUGAAGUAACAACUGAAGAAGCUGGGAAAACAAACGCGUUGGUGGGGAGGAAGAGGGAGUUAUGGUGUGACAUUUGUGGAAUUAGUGCUACCUCUCAACUUCAGAUGGAAGACCACAAAAAAGGGAGCAAACAUCGUAGACGAAUGGAGCUCACAUCCUAUGCAGAUAAAUUUUUAUGAUCAGAAUAAGUCCAUCCAGUUGCUGGUUCAAGAGAAAGAUAGAGCGAGUGAAGGACUAUGAGCACAUGCUAGGUGCUGCAAAUACUGGACUUUAAAGAAUUCUUCGAUUGUGAUACAUUAUUAUCAUAUGUAGUAUGUUGGCUCACCCCAACUUCAUAUGUCCUUGUUUGUUUAAUUUAGUCCUCAGUGACUCUACCUUAGGAAUGGUUUGGUUUCAUUUCCA